AUGGCGAAUUUACUUGAAACAUCAAUCUUCUUCUCUUCACCUGAUAAAUUCCCAUCUUUCACUCCCAAUAUCACUCAAACCCAUCUUCUACCUUCUUCUGCUUUCAUCAAUGGAGGAAGAAGAAGACGGAAAAGCUCAAGUAUCACCUUCGCUACUAACACUGUCACUUACAGUGACACUACCAGUAAGGAAGUGAAAAGUUCUGUUGAAGAUCCUAUGGAGGUUGAGGUUGCUGAAGGCUAUACUAUGGCUCAAUUCUGUGACAAGAUCAUUGAUGUUUUCUUGAAUGAGAAACCCAAAGUUAAACAAUGGAAGAAGUAUUUGGUUUUAAGAGAUGAAUGGAAUAAGUAUAGUGUAAACUUCUAUAAGCGUUGCAGAAUCCGAGCUGGUAUCGAAACUGAUCCCGUGUUGAAGCAGAAGCUGAUUUCACUGGAAAGCAAAGUAAAGAAGAUAGAUGAGGAAAUGGAGAAACACAAUGAUCUUUUGAAAGAGAUUCAAGAAAACCCGACAGAUAUAAACGCAAUCGCUGCCAAGAGACGUAGAGACUUUACGGGAGAGUUUUUCCGUUAUGUCGCUUUGUUAUCGGAAACUCUUGAUGGUUUAGAAGACAGAGAUGCUGUUGCGAGGCUUUCAGCGAGAUGUUUAUCUGCCGUGAGUGCUUACGACAAUACAUUGGAGAGUGUUGAGACUUUAGAUGCUGCUCAAGCAAAGUUUGAUGAUAUUUUAAACUCGCCUUCCGUGGAUGCGGCUUGUGAAAAGAUCAGAAGCCUCGCGAAGUCGAAGGAGUUAGAUUCCUCAUUGAUCUUAUUAAUAAACUCUGCUUAUGCUGCUGCGAAAGAGUCUCAAACCGUUACCAACGAGGCUAAAGACAUAAUGUAUCAUUUAUACAAAGCUACAAAGAGCAGUCUAAGAAGCAUCGCGCCGAAAGAAAUCAAACUUCUAAAGCAUUUGCUCAACAUAACAGACCCUGAAGAACGAUUCUCUGCUCUAGCAACAGCGUUCUCUCCCGGUGAUGACCACGAAGCUAAAGACCCUAAAGCAUUAUACACGACACCGAAGGAGCUGCAUAAGUGGAUAAAGAUAAUGCUUGAUGCUUACCAUCUCAACAAAGAAGAAACUGAUAUUAGAGAAGCUAAGCAAAUGAGCCAACCUAUUGUAAUUCAGCGGCUUUUCGUCCUCAAGGACACGAUCGAAGAUGAGUAUCUAGACAAGAAAACGCUUGUGGCUGAUGAAACUCCUAAGAAGGAAGACGACACAUCUGUUGAAGAAUUUUUGAACUGA